AUGUCCAACUUCGACCCUAAUGCCAUCUUGCGUGGCGCCCAGUUGACGCUUGUUGGAGUCAACCGUGCCCUCCAAAACCCAGGGCUCUUCACGUCAAGCCAUUACCGCCAAGCAGCCCUCGCCGUAGCUGCUGGAGUCGCCAUCAGGAUCCUCGUGUCCGUACCUGUCGUCGGUGUCAGAGUACUGUUAUGGAUCAUCUCACUCUUCGUCGACAUGAACCACGUCACCUGGGACGAAAGCAUCGUGGACGGACUGCACUUCCUUGAGCAUACAGUUCUCCAAGUGCCCUUCUUUCUCAUGACCAUGAUGCGCUACGUCACGCCCACUCUGGAUCGAAUGUUCAUGGACUCCCUCCAGUGGGUCGACCACACCUACGUACAGAAACACAAGUCCGAAGACCCGCACAACCUUCGCGCCAUGUAUGCCCAGAAUCUGGAACAAUACCCCACCCACGCACCGAGAGAUCCGAACGAGAAGAAGAAGUCCAUCAAGGACACAGUCAUCCUGCUGGCUGUCAAGCAAGGCCGAAAGGCCGGCAUAUCGCUGGCUGUGUUGGCACUAUCAUACGUUCCUUAUGUGGGAAAGUUCGUGCUGCCUGCUGCCAGUUUCUACACCUUCAACAAGGCUGUAGGACCUCAGCCUGCAGUUGCCAUCUUUGCCGGUUCUCUGUUGUUGCCGCGCAGGUAUCUGGUCACGUUUCUACAGGCAUAUUUCUCUUCUCGUACGCUCAUGCGUGAAUUGCUUGAGCCAUACUUCGCACGCGUCCGUUACAACAAGGAACAGAAACAGCUGUGGUUCAAGGACCGGGCAGGCGUACUUUUCGGGUUCGGACUUGGCUUCUACGUCUUCGUCAAGAUCCCUCUUGUUGGUGUCCUGAUUUAUGGCCUGGCCGAAGCAUCUACAGCCUACUUGAUCACCAAGAUCACCGAGCCCCCUCUACCACCGAGUGAGGCUGAGAAGUUCAAGGAAGACUCGCUUCGCUGGAAGAACAAGCACGAAUUUCUGGAGUUGCCGUGGCAGCACAUGGAUGCACACAACAUCAACAUGCACAAGCCUGGCUUCAAGUCGGACGUUCGACAAACCCCCCGGAAGACUUUCAGCUAG